CGUCACCCAUCAUCCACCAAUACCAGCAACAUCGCUACUUAAUUUCACGUUGGUGCAAUCAAACUGCUGUGCGGCCAGAAGGCCAGAAGGCUAGAGGCAAUUCAUCUUACCUUUAUUUGCAGCACCGUGAAACAGCUUGUUACCGCGCCGACAUUAUCAGUUCUCGGCGUGAACUCAACUGACAAAAUGGCUUUCUCAAAUGAUUCUGCCCGACAGUUUCGGCGUCAAACUAUUCAGUCACCAUCGCAUGCGGCCUCCAUCUCUGACUCACCUGUCGCUCUCUCUAUCCGCCCCCGCAAGAUCUCUGAUUCUGGCCAGAAAAUCAUACCGCCCCAGGAGAAGGAUGCGCCUCGGCAGCAAGCUGUGUUCCUGGAUCAAGCAGACGAAGCUCGGACAUAUUUGAAAGAUUGCUUGGCCGGCCUUCAAUUCCCAGACGAGCCCCGCGAGUUCAUACUAUCUGUGUCAUCUUUCUACGAGCUGGAGGAGGAUCCUGACUUUGAGUCUGAUAGCGAGGAACUCCAGCUCGAAUACUCAUACAAUGCCCGCACGUCAAUCCUCAAUCUCUUCCCAAUGCCUGGCAAGAGACAUGCUUGUAUCAUCCAAUGGCUCCAUAGACUCGUCAUCACGAAAUUGAGUUUGUUGAUACAAACGAAAAUCGAUGUCUCCCCGGGCCUUAACUGGAUAUUCUUCAAAGGAAAAUGGAGAGGGUCAAAAAAAGUGCCAGACUUAGGUAUUGCAUGGGUCGAAGAUGUUGGCGGACAUAAGUUGCAUACUGUUGUCGAAGUUGGUGUUUCUCAAUCUCGGGAGAGUCUACUCGACCUUCGAGAUCUCUACUUGAAAGGAGACUCCGAUGUCUCUAGGUUUGUCUUUAUCAACGUCAUCACAACUCCUAAAUAUAGAAGCCCAAAGGACUUCGACGUCGAUCAAUUACAGACCAUUCAAAAGGCAGAUUUCCAAUUGGAGUCAGACCAAGGGCCCCUUUGGUACAAAGGUAUUCAAUGGGUUGGAAAAACUACGUUGGUCUGGGAGGUUUGGGAACGACAUCUGGAAAACGGAGAGCCAACGCAAGUGUUGCAAGCAACUAUCGAUCCCAAUAACAGCGACACCCAACUUCCAUUCUUCGAAAUACCUACUACGAUCGCUACCGAUAUUGAUGCUAUCACGAUCAAUUCAAUGGAUAUUUCCGAGCUUUGGUGUUGUCUGUGGAAACACGCAAUCAUAGAUGAGGCGAUGUUCCGGAUGAUGAGCUAUAUGGAGAAUAUGAAUCGACGUCAAAAGUGUACCGCUGAUAUGGUGGAGCAGAAGGACGAAGCAGCCAAGAAGAGACAAAAGGCUAACGAGGAACGUGCAGAACGCUGGAGGCGUCGAUCGGAACGUUGAUUCAUUGACAAGAACACGGAAAUACCUGGGCGUUAUGGACAUGGAGUGGUUAUGACACGGCUCUCCUUUUGUCGGAGUCUGGACAGCUUGUGAGCUGGUGAUUUCCCUUUUCUUCCUGUUUUCCUCUUGCUCGACUGGAGGGACACCGAAGGAAGUUGGCCGGAAUCACGCACAGCACCACCUAUUGUAACUUAGCAUUAGCAUCAUGUGCAAUCCGAGACAGUCCAAAUUUCCGCACA